CGGCAGCCAGAGGUGCGCGAGCCUCCUAGCUAGCCGUACGCAGUGGGCGGCCGCCGCGCAGUCCCUCCGCCGACUCCUGGCACCCAGGCCCGGCGACACAGAGCGCCCGGCUUGCGCCUACCUAGCUCCCACAGCCAACGGCGCGCCGAGCGGCGAUGACCGCCGAGGAGAUGAAGGCAGCCGAGAGCGGGGCGCAGUCUGCGCCUCUGCCCCUCGAGGGAGUGGACAUCAGCCCCAAGCAUGACGAAGGCGUGCUUAAGGUCAUCAAGCGAGAGGGUACAGGCACAGAGAUGCCCAUGAUUGGGGACCGAGUCACAGUCCACUACACUGGCUGGCUAUUAGAUGGCACAAAGUUUGACUCCAGUCUGGACCGCAAGGACAAGUUCUCCUUUGAUCUGGGAAAAGGGGAGGUCAUCAAGGCUUGGGAUGUUGCUGUAGCGACCAUGAAGGUGGGGGAAGUGUGCCACAUCACCUGCAAACCAGAAUAUGCUUAUGGUUCAGCGGGCAGCCCUCCAAAGAUCCCCCCCAAUGCCACGCUUGUGUUUGAGGUUGAGCUGUUUGAAUUCAAGGGAGAAGAUCUGACCGAAGAUGAAGAUGGUGGAAUCAUCCGUAGAAUACGGACUCGGGGUGAAGGCUAUGCCCGGCCCAAUGAGGGCGCCAUUGUGGAGGUCACACUGGAAGGGUACCACCAGGACCAGCUCUUUGACCAGCGGGAGCUCCGCUUUGAGAUUGGUGAGGGGGAAAGUCUUGAUCUGCCCUGUGGGCUGGAGAAGGCCAUUCAGCGCAUGGAGAAAGGAGAACAUUCCAUUGUGUACCUCAAGUCCAGCUAUGCUUUUGGCAGUGCUGGGAAGGAAAAGUUCCAGAUUCCACCAUAUGCAGAGCUGAGAUAUGAAAUACACCUCAAGAGUUUUGAGAAGGCCAAGGAGUCUUGGGAGAUGAAUUCUGAGGAGAAACUGGAACAGAGCGCCAUAGUGAAGGAGCGGGGCACUGUGUACUUCAAGGAAGGCAAGUACAAGCAAGCCUUAAUACAGUACAAGAAGAUUGUAUCCUGGCUGGAAUACGAGUCAAGUUUUUCCAAUGAGGAAGUACAGAAGGCACAGGCCCUUCGACUGGCCUCCCACCUCAACCUGGCCAUGUGUCAUCUGAAACUGCAGGCCUUCUCAGCUGCCAUUGAAAGCUGUAACAAGGCCCUGGAACUGGACAGCAAUAAUGAGAAAGGCCUCUUCCGCCGGGGGGAGGCCCACCUGGCUGUGAAUGACUUUGACCUGGCACGGGCUGACUUCCAGAAGGUCCUACAGCUCUACCCCAACAACAAAGCCGCCAAGACCCAGCUGGCUGUGUGCCAGCAGCGGAUCCGCAAGCAACUUGCCCGAGAGAAAAAGCUCUAUGCCAACAUGUUUGAGAGGCUAGCAGAGGAAGAGAGCAAGGCCAAGUCAGAAGUAGCUGCAGGAGACCAUCCCACUGACACAGAGAUGAAGGAUGAACAGAAGAACAGUGUGGCAGGGAGCCAAUCUCAGGUGGAGACGGAAGCAUAGCCUCUCCUCAGCCCUACUCCUACGGCUGCCUGCCUCUCCUGCUCCCUUCCCUACUCCACCCUGUUAGUUUUGUAAAAACUGAAGAAUUUUGAGUGAAUUAGACCUUUAUUUUUCUAUCUGGUUGGAUGGUGGUUUUGGGGGGAAGGGGAAAAGGAAUAGGCUGGGGGGUUGAGAUGGGGGAUAAUUUUAGGUGGCAUUGCCCCCCUCUUCCCUUCCCCCAUUACAUGUGAACAUAUGUCCAUCCACACAUAUGCAUCAGAAUGUUAAUUUAUUUUGCUCCCUCUGUUUGUUGUUAGGUCCAUUUCCAAAUGGUAGAAGGGGGUGAGUGGUAGGCAUGGAGUCUAAAGUGAAACCAGGGUGGAGAGGGAGACUACUGGGCAGCCGUUUUCCUCAUCCUUUCCCUCUCCAGUCCAUUUCCAAACAGGCGGCCUCCAUGCAGGUGCUAGGGGCAUGGAAAAAACCACUGCUGUGCCCAUUACCUCUUCUCUGAUCCCUUUCUCACCCCACAUGGUAAAUGGCUAAUGAUGUCUUCUGGUGUCAUGGUGACGACCCUGUCUCCCUUCCUGGUAUUUCUUCUCCUCUCAGCUUCCCUUCUUGGCCAGGUUGUGUCCCCAGCCCCCCUCCCCCCAGCCUCUUUGCACAUUGCUGAAGGUCCAGGCACGCCUCAAGUCCCACGCUUGAGCAAUAAAGUGGAAAUAAAACCUGGGUGUCAGGCAA